UCCACAGUGACAGUGACCUUUCACCUAUAUCUGAAAUCAAUUCUAUUGUACACUGUCUUCUUGAUUCUUUCAAUGUCUUUGUCGACCUCAACAUUUACAGAUAACGUAACUUAAAUAAUGUUAUCUAGCAAGAAAAAAAAAACAGUAGGAUACAAGAGCAGAAAGCUACGAUUUCAAAUUAGCAACCACUCAAAAUCUCUUACUUAAAUGUCAACAUAUUCAUUGUGAAGCAACAAGCUGUCUAUGGAACAACCGGUGUGGUCAUUAUACAUGUAUUUAUGUUUGAUACAAGCAUACAGCAAGUAUAACUUAUUGCUCUAAGGACAGAAGCACUCGGGCAUAAGAUCAUUUUAAUUUGGAUUGCCAUGUGAUUUUUAAUCCGAUUGCUGAAAGACUGCAUGUCUUCCUGCCACAUCUGUUUAAGCAUCAGGACUACGUUGAAGAGUUGUUGAAUUGCACUAUACUAGACCAUGGGGCAGGCUGAAAAAAUCAAUAACUUAGAAAAUGAAGACGUAAAUAAUGGAAGCAAUACAACAAAUCAAGGAUGGACUUGUCGUCUUGUGAUAGCUUCUCUGUUUGGAGCUUUCGGUUCUUCGUAUCUGUAUGGCUACAAUCUGUCUGUUGUCAAUGCUCCAACCUUGUAUGUUAAGGAAUUUUACAAUAAAACUUGGAAUGAUAGGUAUGACCAACCCAUGGAAGCAGCGUCCUUGACACUUAUGUGGUCAGUAACAGUUUCCAUUUUUGCCAUUGGAGGUCUUGUAGGAGCUAUAAUGGUAUCUCCUCUGGUGAAGCUCUUGGGAAGGAAGGGCACAUUGUUGCUGAACAAUAUUUUUGCCAUUGUUGCUUCCCUUAUGCUGGCCCUAGGGGAGGUAGCAGGAUCCUUUGAAAUGCUUAUAUUGGGUCGAUUUAUAAUUGGAGUUGAUGCUGGCAUUGCCCUAAGUGCCCUUCCCAUGUACUUGGGAGAGAUCUCACCCAAACAGAUCCGAGGCGCCCUUGGGCAGAUCCACUCCAUCUUUAUCUGUGUUGGUGUCUUUACUGGUCAGGUCAUGGGACUCCCAGAAUUGCUAGGCCAGAAAUCCAGAUGGAAUUACAUGUUUGGCAUCAUCAUGGUCCCUGCUGUGGUGCAACUGCUUACUCUGCCCUUUCUUCCUGAGAGCCCCAGGUACCUGCUGCUGGAGAAACAGGAUGCGGCCGGGGCACAGAAAGCAUUACAGGCUUUUCUCAAUAAAAAGGAUGUGUCAAAGGAGUUGGAGGAAGUACAGGCUGAGUACAGGGCCCAACGCAGUAUCCAUCUAGUGUCAAUGAUUGAACUUUUCAAAACCCCAUCUGUUCGGUGGCAGAUAAUCACAGCUAUUGUUACCAUGGGUUGCUACCAGCUGUGUGGUUUGAAUGCUAUUUGGUUUUACACAAACAACAUCCUCAAAGAAGCGGGCAUGGAAAGUAAUCAGAUCCCUUACAUUACCUUGAUCACUGGUGGUGUUGAGAUCCUUGCAGCUGUAGUCUCCGGAAUGAUUAUAGAACAUGUUGGGCGAAGACCUCUUCUUAUUGGUGGAUUCGGUGCUAUGGCUGUGUUCUAUGGCUUGCUUACAAUUUUCCUUAAUUUACAGACCAAAGCAAGUUGGCUGCCUUAUCUCAGUUUUGGAUGCAUUUUGGGAGUUAUUGCAUCAUUUUGCACUGGCCCAGGUGGAAUUCCCUUCAUUCUCACUGGAGAGCUUUUUGAACAGUCAUAUCGACCUGCCGCCUUUAUGAUUGCUGGGACUGUGAGCUGGCUCUCCAACUUUGCCGUAGGAAUUCUGUUUCCUUUCAUCCAGGGAGCUUUUGGCGCCUUCUGCUUCAUGGUUUUUGCUGCAACGUGCAUGGCAGGAGCCGUUUUUCUUUAUUUUGUCCUACCUGAAACCAAGGGCAAGACUUUUGUUGAAAUCAGUCAGUCCUUUGCCAAGAUCAACAGGGUAGCAGUGUCUAUCACAAAGGAGGAAAUGGAAUGGGUUGCUGCAAAAGUGAAAGUGGAGAACUCUGACACACAAAAUGAACAUGGCAAUGUUAUAACAGAAAUGGAAAAUUCCCUUUGACAUUCAGGGGAUUCUUGUCAUUUUAACCCGGACUUUCAUAAUCUACCAUGGUUAAAAAAAUAGUAGUUCUGAUCAGAGAAUUAGAAAUGUGGUGUUUAGUAUUGUCGUUUGUUGGGGGUAUAGGUGAUUUUAUAUACGAUAUUGGGCCUCAUUUACUAAAGGACACUAAAUUUAGAGUUAGCGCACAUGUAAAGUAGCGAGCCUAAUGUGCGAGAUAAAUCUAAAUUUACUGCCCCAUUUACUAACAGAGAACGCAUGAAUUUAUGUGAACACUAUUUGGUUCAUUUACAUGCCAUAGCGUGCACUAAAUCUACUGCGAGACAUAAUUUAAUGCACACCAUAAUAAUAAUAAUAUAAUAAUAAUAAACUUUAUUUUAUAAAGAGCCUAAAUGGACGCAUCUCAAAGAGCUCUACAAACACAAAAAAAAACAUAAAGAACCUGUGAGGCGCGUGAGUAAUAAUGGAAUGUCAAGUAGUAAUUUGCAUGUAAUAGAAUAAACAGUUUUAUUAUUAUUAUUCGCUACACGGAAAAAAAAAAACAAGCAACAAAGAAAAAGAAUGGCAUGAGGGAAAGGGUGCUGGAGUAAUGAUCAAAAAGAAGAGAAGUGGAAACGUCCUUAGUCGUCUUCACGGUGUCCUCGGACAUAAAACAAAGGGGAUAAAACAGAAAAGAAAAUAUUAGUACAGUUUCUAAUCUCGUAUAUUCAAAAAUUCAAACACCACCGCCAAACUUUCGUCUCUCCCUCCGCCUCGUUACUCCGCCUAUUUUCCCUUAGGACCAACCCCGAACACAGUAGUACGUUCCAUUUAGUAUGCAACGCCCCGCCUCUGUAGUCAGUGGAACACCAAUCCCCAACUGACAAGUGUCCUUAUAACUCACUUGACGCCAAUGGCUGGAAUUUACAUACUUGCACUACCGCCCCUCACCAAGGUGCCGCCCCUCAUAAAGAUGACUUUCGUCAUGGUCACGAGACCUUGGUAAGGGAAGUCCCGAGUUGGUUUGAUGCCUUCUACUGUCGGGAGGCUGAAUUACAGACCGAAACCCCUUUGACUCAUCACAGAACCAUAUAUACAUACAGCAUAUUAAGAGUAUACGUAAUAUAAAAAGAAAUGACACAAAUCAAAAACCAAAUCAUGAUAAACGAAGUGUGUACGUAAAAGUGUGUCUAACUGUUUUUUCAAAGCAUGAACGAUCUUAGCAUCCCUGAUAGACUGAGGAAGGUUGUUCCAAAGUAACAUGGAGCUAAACCGUUCAGUAUACAACAGUAUUUUCAAAUCAAUCCUGCUCUCAACCGGCAACCAAUGCAAAGAAGCAAGAACUGGUGUAAUAUGGGCACCCAAUUUAGUGCCAGUUAAAAUGCGAGCAGCAGAGGUCUGAAUAUAUUUUAGCCUGCUAAUAGCAGCCUUGGAGACACCUGCAAACAACGCGUUGCAAUAAUUGAGCCAGGAAGAAACAAAGGCAUGAACUAGCCUUUCUGCAUCAGGCACAGACAACACAGGGCACAGACGAGCAAUGUUACGAAGGUGAAAAAAGGAUACCUUGGUGACAUUGCGGAUAUGUGACUUGAAAGUAAGGCUAGGGUCAAAGACCACAGCAAGAUUCCUAACUACAGAGCUAGAUUUAACUUCAUGCCCAUCAAUCACUAUGCUAAAAGAGUCAACAUUUCUAAGUUAUCGAGGAGAGACAAGUAGCAUUACUUCGGUUUUAUCACUAUUUAAUUGUAGGAAGUUUUGCCGCAUCCAAGUCUUAAUCUCAGUCAGACAAUUAUCAAGAACCGAAACGGACACAUUUGUAUCAGGUGUAGUUUUAAAAUAUAAUUGUGUGUCAUCUGCAUAUGAGUGAAAACUCACACCAUGACGACAUAUGAUCUGUCCAAGUGGCAGCAUAUAGAUAUUAAAAAGUAAGGGUCCUAAAAUAGAGCCCUGUGGCACACCUGUAGAUACCGGGCUAGGGGCAGAUGUAUAGCCGCCCAUAGAAACACACUGCCUACAAUCUGACAAGUAUGAUCGGAAGCACUGUAAGACAAUGCCAGUAAUACCCACACAACAUUCCACACAGUUAAUUAGAAUGGCGUGGUUUACAGUAUCGAAUGCAGCACUAAGGUCUAAUAGGACCAGAAUGGUCAGUGCAUCCGAGUCAGCGGCCAUGAACAGAUCAUUAACAACCUUAACAAGGGCUGUUUCAGUGCUGUGUUGAUCUAAAACCUGACUGCAAAGGUUUAUAAAUAUCGCUGUUGAGCCACUACAGUUCUAGGAUUUUAGACAGAAAGCACUCAGCAGGGGACAGGCAGAUGCAACAUAAAGUGAAACUGCACUGCUCACCUUUUAAUUUUAACAUGUAUCACUUGUGUGAUGUAAUAAAUAAAUACAUAAAUAGCCCUUUUCCUUUCUCAUUUAAUAAAUAUAUAAUCAGUCAUGUUGUGCAAUGGCAUAUUUUUGUUCUGCUUACUUGAGAAAUAUUGGUUGAUGAGACGUAGCCUCAAUUCUCUUCCUUGUCGGCACUGUCACCCUGCAGAGCAGACCCCAUGGAGCGGGGUGACAGUGCUAUGUGAGUACAAUCAAUAACACCCAUCACAUUGGGGAAGCCAGUAACCUGGUAGAAGCCCACUUUCAUGUCCUGUAAACCUGUUCUCUGUGUGGGAAAUGUAAUAUAAUUCCCUGUGAGCUUUAGCAGGGCAUGUUGUAUUAUACACAUGAGUAGCUACAGCUUUUAAUGGGGAGCCUGUGAAUCCAACUCAACAUAGGCUGGGAUAAAUCCUAAUGUCACUUCUGAUUUUACUUAGUAAAAAGACUGAAGGGGCAUAAGCCUAAAAAAAAAAUAUGAUAUGCAAACACACACAGAA